AUGUCGACAACAACUUUAGUACCACGUAUUCCAUUGAAUCCAAAUAUAAUAACAAAUUAUUUUGGCUCGUUUCUUCUUAUAUUUGGUGUAAUUGGUGAAUCAUUAAACAUAUUUGUUUUUCUUAGUCUUCGAACAUUUCGAGAAAGUUCAUGUGCUUUUUAUUUAACAUUAUCAUCAGCCAUUAAAAUCAUUCAACUACUUACAGGUCUUUUGUCUCGUGUUGUAACAAGUAUAACAGCUGACGAUUGGACAGCAAUAUCUCCAUUCUUUUGUAAAUUUCGUUCAUAUUUACUUGAAUUUUGCCCAUUAAGUGAUUUGAGUUUGGCCUGUUUAGCAGUUAUUGAUCAAUUCUUUGCAACAUCAAAUCAUCGUCAAUGGCAACAAUGGUGCAAUAUAAAAAUAGCUACUCGGUUAUCUUUAAUAGUCAUUCUAUUUAGUCUUAUAAUUUCUAUUCCUCAGUCAAUAUUUUUUGAGACAAUAAAAUUAUCUGCGACGAACCGAAGUGCUUGUAUCGUAAAUAAUAAAAUUUUCGACUAUUAUAAUCAAAAUAUUAAUCUAACGACUUUAUUUGGACCACUUCCAGUUUUAAUUACAAUUGUUUUUGCUUUAUUAACCUAUCGCCAUGUUAAACAAAUAGCUUAUCGCACUAUUCCACUUGUUCGUCGUCGACUCGAUCAGCAGUUAACAACAAUGGUUCUGACACAAUCUGUUUUUAAUUCAAUAGUUAUUGCUCAAUACAUUAUUCUUGUUGUUCUUGUAACCAAUACAACUCUUCUUAGUAAUCCAUCUACCUCUAAUCAAACACAAUUUGCUCUAACCACUACAUCUUGUAUUUAUUAUCUUUAUACAGCAAGUUCAUUUUAUAUUUAUAUUUGUACAUCAGAAAGAUUUCGUCAUCAAUUACAUUACGUUCUGUUUGACAUUCAUUUAAAUCGAUGGCGAGCUCGACAAAUACAUCCUAUUAAUAAUAUUGUCGAAGUUAUACUAUAA